CGACAAAAUUAUAAUAAUUUUAGUUCUAUUUUAUGCAAUGUGUAUGUGAUGUAGACAUAUUUCUCACUCCACAUGCAGCAAUAAGGGUGUAAAAAGAAAUGGAGAAAUUCCGAAACGCGUCUUUGGGCUUCGAGGGAGCAAGCACGCUACUCUCCUAUCGUGAACGGCGUUUCGUUUCGUAAUCGCAAAUAUGUGGCGCCACUAUCGUCGUCAUUACCAACGUUCACUAUCGUAAAAGAUUUGUUUCAAGGAAAUGUUUUCUUUGAGCUCAUUGUGCUUCCAGAAGUUUGUAAACAUAGUUCCUAGUGGUGAUUCGGCGUAAAUGAACAAUUCGUACUACAAAAUUGUAAUAGAAAUUAAAGAGUCGUUCCGCGUGGCAGAGAUACCGGUUGUAUAGCUUGGCGCGAAAACUUGCUUUCAAGGAGCGCGUCGGAUCCCUGGGCAUACAGUGCUACGGGAGGAACGAAGAAGGGUGUUAGAGGGAGAAAGAGAAAAGGAUAGCGGGAAAGGGCCAGGGGUGUCGGGGGAUCUCGAGCAACUUGGCACGUCCGUGUACGGAGGCAACAGUGCUGGUGGCAGCACAGACGCUCGUUGAUGAGCGAACAAUUCACUUUGGUGCGCGGUUUCACGACGUUGUUUCAUCGGGUUGGUGUCGUGAAAUAAGGGUGUGCAUAUGUACACACGUAACGAAGCGACGAAAUGUGUCUGUAACAUUUUUACCUGCCCGGUUUUCCUAAGUUAAAACGGUCAAGUGUCGUUGCGGUGGCUCGAAGAGUUAGUGGCUGGUGCGCGCCGUGCGUGCGGUUGAUCAGAGCGUAUACCGCUGCUCUCGACAAUUUAGUGGGAGAGUGAGAGUGAGAGGGAGGAGGGGUUUCCCGUCCUCCUCUUCUCUCGCUAAAAUCGGCCGGAUUUUUGAACAGGGAGGAAAAACGAAUAAUCUCGAUAUAAAACUAUGGAGAUAUCGAAGAGUUUGCAGGAAGAAAUACUCAGCGUGCAAAAUAAGCUGAAAAAUGCCAUACGCGAUCAUCAGAUCUGCGUGGGCAAACUGAAGGAUGACCCAAACAAUACGGACAUCCUUGGUCAGAUACAAAAGAUUCACUUGCACAUCGUGUCGUUGGGAAGAUGCCAGAAGCAAGUUGUCCAGCGGCUGCGCAAGGAGGUCGAAACAUUCAAAGCGCAGAACGCGAACGGGGCGAAAGUUUCCAUCGCGUCGUUGCUCGGCUUGAACAACAAUAAUCAUAUUACGAACAACAAUGAAAGGAAAUGCAAGACCGUCAGCAAUGAUUUUAGCACGAAGAGCUCGAAAGAGGACUACGAGGAGAUCGUUAGGAACGGCGAUGUCCCUUCGCCCACGCAGGACACCGUACCACCGAAGGAACGGUCCAGGUCGGUUGAAACGAUUUCCGGCGAGGAUGACGUUAUCGAGGUCUCCAUGGACGAGAACUCUAACGAGAAAUCUGAAAAAGAAGAAUCAGAGAAGGAAUCCAAAGCUGAAUCAAUGGAAAAAAUUAAUUUCUUAAAUGCCCUCGGUUUGAUUACCACCGCGACAUGUUCUGAAUUGCAAAACAAAAGGGCCGAAAGGAAACGUCGUAGCACGGCUAAUCCGCACUUUGUCUAUUCUAAUUUAGAACUGCCAACGAAACGAAAAAGACACUCGUACCUGCAAUCUGGAAAUGUUCCUCAAACUCGACAAACAACGGCACGUUUGAACGGACCGUCGCCUCCUCCAGUGAAAGUUGCACCACCAAAAUCAACUUCACCUCCAGCAUCAAAAGCUGUGUUGAAAUCUUUGAUUCCAGUUCAAAAGUCUACCACCCGACCGAAUAUUCUUCGAAGUGUAACGGAAAGUAAAGUUUUCCCGAACAAAAGCAAGGUUGAAAAUGGUCCCGGUCAGAUUCAAUUGCCCACCGUGCCCACUGUUAAGUCUGUUCAGUCGAUCGGCAACAAGGCGGUUCAUAUACCUGGCUUACCAUCCAGCUUAACUAUCGAGAGGAUUAGUAGUGAUUCAGCAGUCUGUAUAAGUUGUAGAAAUCCAGGUACGCUCACGGUGUGUGAAAAUUGCGCAUCCAAUUAUCACGUGUCUUGUCACUCCAUAUCACCGGCACCGCAAAGAAUAUGCCCCAAAUGCGCUUUACUGGACGAGGAAGAAAUCGAAGACGGCGACGAGGCGGACGAGGAGGAAGACGGACGAAGCUCGUCGUUUAAGAAGGACGAAGAAUUCGCUACAACAGCGCACGCGCCAGGAAUUAUUAGGAAAACAAGAGAAGACGCAGAGAUCUAUAAAACGUCUUGUGGACUUCAUAAAGCUGAUGCAGCUCAGAAAAAGCGGGGAUUCUCCAGCUCCAUUGGGAUCGGUCAACUUCCUGCCUCGACCUUCCUCAUCCCACUCUCCUCGAACAGUGUCUCCGCAACAACCAUCAACCAGCCGGAUGUCGGGCCUUCUUCAGCCAUCAGCAUCGAACGAGAAAACAGCGUGCCCUACUCCUCCAUCGUCCUCAAUCAAUUGCCUCGAUCGAACAUCACCUAUAUCGACAGGACAGAACCUCAAGUGUCCUACGCCUAUCCGCUACCACCACUCACCAGUUCUCAAUCCGACAAGCAUCAGUCAUACCUUAUCGUCAAGAAAAUCACAGAACCAGCAAGAAGGGCAAUUCUGCCUAUCGAAGACCAAAGUCACGCAACAAUGUUCAACUAUAAGCUGCCAAUCGCACCAAGCUACAAGCCUCGCGUUCAGACGGAAAUCUCUGUCGCCCACACCUCACUGCUCGUUGGUAAGCAGUUGUCCGACUCCGUCAGUCGUAACCGCAAGAAGCAAACAAAUCGCGCAGUACCCGCACUCAAUCGAAUCAUCGAUUCAGAGAAUCUCUCCAUCACCGCCGAAUAUCAGUUGGAGCGAUCGACGUUCAACGGUAGAAAGUCCCGAGCCAAACAGCCAAGAAACAAAUUCGGUGUUAAUCAGCUGCGAUCUGUCAAAGCCACAGAAAUCCUACUGCCUUCCUACGAUAAUACAGAAUCCGAUAAACAGUUACAAAUCGCAAAAUCAACGGAACCAGAGGAGGCAGCCAGCCUCUUCGGUGGUCGUCCCAAGUACAGGCCAAGAGCCGGUAGUCUUCUCCACUCACUGUUCACAAGCCAUAACAAGUCCUAUAUCGUCACCGAUAAUUCUCGAGAGCCACGAGACAUUGGCACAGGUGACAAAGAUACCACCUCACUCAAUCGGCAGCAGUUGCAUCGUCAGGACUACCAGUUGGAAUCAAGCGAACGAAACGAAUCCUCGGCCCAAUUGCAGCGCGGUGCCCUCACAAAAUUCUUCGAGCACGUGAAAUUGGAAGAAGCGCAUAUACCAGCGCCAUCUAGAGCAAAGCUAGUAUACAAAAGGAGUAACGUUGCCGAAAGGAACGAGCUUGAAGUUACUGAAAUCGCGGACGAAGAAUCGAACAGCCACGAGUACGAUAACAAAACAUCCUCGUCGCUCGGUAUUUUCGAGGAUGAUUUUGCUCUUCGAGAAGCCGAGCGAAAUAAUUGGCUGCCAGCAGCAGUUAUAGAGAAGCUGGGUGAGAAGAACGAUAACACGGGUAAGAGCACAGAAUGCUUUGAUUCCGUAUCGAACUUCUCUAGAUCGAACGAUGUUAUCACGUAUAAACGUAAACGUAGCAACAACAAGUAUUUCUUAAUGGAUUGCGAAUCAGACUUUGAGGAGAAGGAUAACACGGUGACUGGUACGCCGUUUCCGUCGCAUAUCGCGUCUCUGACAGAAAUUGUAUCGCAGAGUCAGAGGGAUCUGCAUGAUACGGAGUCUCUGCGUAACGCACAAAGCAAUUUCUUGGAGCUUCGUAACGAGGUCUCAGUUCCUGAUGAUAAGGCUGAUUCCGAGAGACAAGACUUAUCCAGUGGCAGACGUUCAACCAGUUGCAGCCGAAGUAGCAGCACAAGUGACAGCGAUACUCCGGAACAAGCGAUGGACAACUCUCUCAAGUAUUCUCGGCGUCGAUUAUCCGAUAACACAUACAAGGAACGUUUGGGCAUUAAUGCUGUAUCCCCGGAGAGCAUGCAGGUGCUCGAACAAUUUGAAUCGGCUAUGCGGGAAACUGGUUGCAGCAAUGCUGCCACUUGCUAGAGUUAGUUAGAACGCAGUGUCAACAUAUGCUGAUUAUGCUCAUUGCUAGAAUUUCUUUCUUUUUCUUCUUUUUGACACGGAAACUUAUUAUUAUUUUUUAAACGCUGAGAUUUUUUUUUUGUGUGUGUGAAGUGCAUUGUGUUUAAGAAAACUCUUUAGAUCUAGAGUUACUUUUCAGAGGUAUUCGUACAUGAUCAAUACUGCAUUUGAGUUUGUUACUUACCUUUAGGAUAUCGAAAUGAACAAAAGGUAUAUUAGGUAUUCUCGUAAUCGUUACAGAACCUCUCUCGGGGCAGUUCCUACUUUCUUUUUACUGCCUUGGAAAGCAAUGCAAUCGUUUGUAUAUCGCUGUACCGACUAUAAAAUUACGAUAACGAUGGUAAUCAAAUACCAUUGUGUUUCAAAACUGUUAGGAUGAGAAGCAUCGUUGUUUCGCAAUUUCUAUUAACUAUGUUGUAUGUUCGUUUAUUUAUUAAUCGUUGUUCAUUCAAUUGUUCUUCGAUCUAUUCGUGGUAGUUCGCGAGACGCGUGGACCAACUUUGAAUUUCUUCCAAUGAACCGUUUCAUUUGUAUAGUGUUACAGAGUUUCGUAUUUUCAGCGUUAUCUCUGAUUAAAUUCGUACCACUUCGAUUGCGCAUAGAAUUAUUUAUGUCUUUGUUUCGCUGAGUUUUAUGAGCUUUAAACGUUGUGUUUCGUUGAUAUUCGUAAUCCCGAUGAAUAGGAAACACGCACAUAUCCGACAGAUACUGGACGAUCUGUGACAAGGUAUAAAAAGGCUUCGGUCGAAAGCCUGCGUCGAGUCAUAUUACCAUACUGCCUUAAUAGUAAUUUAAAAACGGUACUUUUUACAAUAAUUUCUAUGGAUAAGCUUCGUGAAACGUGUACGACUCAAUAGACUGAUUCGGAUGUCGCCAUAUUGAAAUUAAGGAGAACGAAGAAGCGGAAGAGGAAAAGAUAAUCAAAACGCGUUACCGUAAUCGAAAAAAUUUAGAAGUUAAGGUUGCGUGUACGUUAAUGUAGUAGAUAAUACGUUGUCGAAGCAACGUCUUUAUCUUAAUUUUGCGAUUCAGAAUAGAGUUUCUUACGAAUCAAGUGCGAAAGAAUCUUCUUUUUUUUUUCGUUUUAACAUUUUUUACAUCGAGGUAAAUGUUUCUAAGAAUAAAAACGUUAUUAUUUUUAGCCAUAUAUUAUUUACUAAAUUGGUAAGCAUUUCGUUUGAUAAAUUUAAUGUAGCAGUAUUCACGAAAUCUUUCAUCGGCUACAUUAGACAGGAUGUCUUUCAUCGAUUAGAUUGUACCGAACGUUUAAGAUUUAUAACAGUAGCAACUAAUCACAAUGUUGUCCCGUCAAGAUAAUUUCUCCGAUCGAACGUUUCGCGUUAAUUAAACGAGUCGAGUUCGUUAAUCUAUUUAUUAUCGUUUUCGUUUUUUCUCGCGCGGUCGUUACCGCCAGCUUGUCCAAUAUACUAUUUGAGUAGCGCAUAAAACGAAUAAAAGAAAGAAAAAAAAGAAAUUGUUAUGCAAUGUAGGCAACGAGAUUAAGAUCGAAAUUCGUAUUUUUAUGAAUAAAGUGAAACUGAAAUAUAUACAA